CACUUCAGAAGUUUUGUCCGUCAUGAGAGAAAAGCUUCCUUCCCUUCUCGUCAUCGUCCUCCUCCCCGUCAGGUUCGGGUUCGGGUUCGGGUCAGGCUCUUAAAAAAAAUCGGAGAUCCGAUCAAACUCGGGUUUGACUCAGAAACCCUAGACCCGCGAAUUCUCUGUCGCUCCUCGCUCUCUUCGUCGCCUUGUUUUCGCCCGUCCACUAUCUCCCUCUGAACGGCCUCCGAUCACCAUCAUCGCCGGAAUCUAGAGAGCCUUGGGGUUUCGUCUCUCAUCCUUGGUACAGUUGGCAUCUGACAGGGCGAGGGAGAGACAGUGAUAAUCGAACGAGUUCUUCCACGAAGAGAGAGAGAGAGAGAGAGAGAGAGAGAGAGAGAGAGAGAGAGAGAGAGGUCAAGUUUGGAAAGGCUGAUUCGUGACUGUUAAGAUCUGAAACACGGAGAAAGAUUUCGAAGACCCCAUCGCGCUUCCUCAUUUCUCUCCAAUUCUGCGUUAUUGGGAGAGAGGGUGAAUGUCGUCAUCAAGCUCGCCAUGCGCGGCCUGCAAGUUUCUCAGGCGAAAAUGCACACAGGAAUGCGUAUUCGCGCCGUACUUCCCACCGGACCAGCCACAGAAAUUCGCGUACGUCCAUAAGGUGUUCGGAGCAAGCAACGUCUCUAAGCUUCUCAACCAUCUGAGCCCUAAUCAGAGGGAAGACGCCGUCAACUCCCUCUUCUACGAGGCCGAGGCCCGGCUCCGCGAUCCGGUCUACGGCUGCGGCGGCCUCAUCUCCAUCCUCCAGCACCGCCUCAAGCAACUCCAGCUCGAUCUGGAUAUUGCCAAGAAGGAGCUCGCCGCUUGUAUCGGCCCUCAAGCUAUGCUCCCGAUUAUGCAGCCUUCCAUGGCGAUGCACCACCAACUGGCCGCUAUCGGAAAUCCGUCGUCUUCUCCCUCCGUGAUGGCGGAUCAGCAUCAGAACAUGGUUCCUGCAGUGAUGGCUAUUCCGACCGCCCAACCACAUGGGCAAUUGCAUAUCUAUGAGGCUCAGCAGUUGGCAGCGGCCGCGGCCAUGAGAGAACAGCAUAUAUUUAGGACAUAUGGAGGUGGGCAUCAUCAGAAUCAGCUAAACCAGUCGCAAGUUGAGAACUUGAGGUUCGAGUCAGCGUCGGGUCCUGUAACUGUGACCGGGUUUAACCAGACGAGCUCCGGCGCCACGGUCUUGUCGCCGCCGUCGUUGGCUCUUUGCAGCUUUGACAGUCCUUCUGAUCAGUUUCGCCAGCAACAUGAGGCUCUGCGUUUUGUACCGACACAUUCUGCUCAGCCGAAGACAGAGUUGGAGGAGGGAAGUAGUGCCAUUGGUCCAUCCUGCUGACAAGAGAGAGGGAGAGAGAGAGAUCGUCUUUUCCGCCUUCUCGAUUGCUCUAUGAUCAAUCACAUCGGCAGGUGCGUCAAAAUCCGAUCUUUGAUAGUUCGUUCAUGGAGUUUUCAAUAGGCAUCUGCACUUUUUGAUUGGUUAUUUCAGCUCCAGCAGUAGGAGAAAGAAUAUAAAAAGAGGAGGGGGUGUCUGAGCUUUUUUUGCAUUUAAUGGGAACCUGUUGAUGCUUAGGGCAAUGUAGGUUGUCUUUUCACCCACGAGGGAAGUUUCGUCUGGUGGCAGAUUGACAAAAUGCUUUUCACGUUCACUCUCGGAGACAGUACAGUACUUGCAGUUUCGUAAUAGAAUCAUUGUUUUUCUCUUUCACGUAUGAAGCCCUUGUCUCCCCCCAUGUCACAUUUAUUACUUCCUCUUCUUCUUUUUUGCUCUCUCUCUCUCUCUCUGUGGAAUCCGUACUUUGUUCGCUUGUGGAUGGAUACCUUCACUAACCUAAUAGUUGAAAAA